CCUAGAAACUUAUUGAUAGCACAGUGUGUAUUAAAAUUGUUAUUAGGUAUUUAAAAUUAUUAAUUUAACAUACGUGAUAUUAAAAACUUAGUAGUUAAGUUUAAGUGAUAACUUUUGUUAUUUAUUUUUACAUUGGAAAGUUAUAAAUAAAGCAAGAUGGAGGCGCUAUCAAAUGCUCUACAGCCGUACAAGUCGAUCGUGGGCACGGUGGCCGCGGUCGUGACGAUCGGCCAAAUGUUCUCCGGUUCGUUCCUAUGCUAUGACAUAUACAAACAGAAGAACACAAAGGGUAUCGGUAUCAUGCCGUUCGCUGGUGGUUUGAUUAUGAGCGUACUCAACUUGAAAUACGGUUUCAUUCUCCGCGACGACACGAUGAUCCAAGUGAACUUUUUCGGUCUAGCCCUUAACAUCAUCUACCUGAUGAUAUUCUUCAACUAUUCGACCCAGAAGGGCCAAGUCUGGUUCCAAAUUGGGUUAUCUGGUGUGAUCUCUGCUGUGUUGGUGGCAUACGCGGAGUAUGAAGACCCCAAUCUUGUGGCUAAUCGCUUUGGAGCGAUUAUAACUGCGUUCAUGUUCUAUCUGAUCUCGUCGCCUUUGCUUGGUUUGAAAACAAUAAUCAAGAACAAGAGCACAGCCGGUAUGCCGUUCCCCAUCAUCUUCUCUGGCUCGAUCGUGACUUUCAUGUGGCUGCUGUAUGGCAUCAUCUUGAAUAACUCCAUUUUGGUGCUCCAAAACUCAGUUGCAUUCGCUCUUUGUGCCGCCCAGUUAUCAUUAUUCGUUAUUUACCCUUCAAAGCCGAAAGGAGAGAAGAAAAAAGCGAAAAAGACAAAUUAAUGUACAAAGUUGAUUAACAAUAAUUUUUAUUUGUAAUAUAUUUUAUGUAUGAAGACUUCGCGAAAGCCAAGCCAAAGGACACAUAUUAUUUUUAUUAGAACUAUUUUUGACAAGCUUUUUGCUUAGCUUUCGCGAUUUGAAAUAGCAUUUUUAUUCCCUUUACGGGUUUUGUAUUAAAUAUAAAUAAGAUAAUAGGUUCAGUGUUUUUCUGCCAACAGUUCCUAUGUUUUAUUUUGUCAAUAGCUUUUUGAUAAAUGUUUGUAUGUGUACAAAGAUUUUUUUAAAUAUAGCAGACUUAAGUUUUAUUAUCUAUGAGAAGUGAAUUGAACUUGCCAUUCAUGAAUUUAUUAUUCGUCUUGCAAUUUUUAGACAUUUGUGAAAAUGUCAAAUGAAAAAAAUGUCCAUUGAAAAUCAAUGUCAUUUGUCAAUUGACGUAGAAUUUGCUAGCAAUGUGUAUCUGUAUUGUUAUAACUAAAUUAUUUAUAUUGAAAAAAUGGUGCUGGCAAUGUUAAAAAAAAAAAAACAAAUUUCGAAUAUAACUCGAAAAUUUUGAAUUUAGAAUUUCGAAUACGAUUCGAUAAAAUGUCCAUACAGCACAACACUAGAUAGUAAGUGUACAUUCCUGUUUUUAACAUAUCUUUUUGGCGAGAUUUUGUAUAAGUACUCAAUUAAUGUGUACUAUGAUUUAUGAAUUAUAUAGACUCUGCUAUGAAAUUACAUGAGAACAACUGUGUUAUUAAAGAUUAACCAUAAAAA